AUGGCCGACGAAGCCAAAGCCAAAGGCAACGCAGCUUUCGCCGCCGGGAACUUCACCGAUGCCGUGAGUCACUUCACGGAAGCCAUUAAUCUUUCCCCCGCCAACCAUGUUCUGUACUCAAACCGAUCCGCCGCCUACGCUUCUCUUAACAAGUUUUCUGAAGCGCUUUCGGAUGCAGAGAAGACUGUCGAGCUCAAGCCCGACUGGUCUAAGGGCUACUCCCGCCUUGGCGCGGCUCACAUGGGUUUACACAGUUACAAUGACGCUGUCUCGGCUUACAAAAAGGGUCUUGAAAUUGACCCAAAUAACGAGCCCCUUAAGUCUGGGCUAGCCGAUGCAGAGGCUGCUCUGGCGAGAUCUUCGAGGUCUCGGGCCGGGCCUGGUGCUGACCUGUUUGGGGAGGCGUUCGGGCCGGAGAUGUGGGUUAAGCUGGCUAAUGAUCCUACAACUCGUGGGUUUCUGCAGCAGCCUGAUUUUGUUAAAAUGUUGCAGGAUAUUCAGAAAAAUCCAAAUAAUUUGAACUUGUAUUUGAGCGAUCAAAGAAUGAUGCAGGCAUUGGGAGUUUUGUUGAACGUGAAAAUCCAGACGAGGGGAGCUGAAGAAGAUGCAAAAAUGACUGAGGCGUCCUCACGUGGCUCACCAGAGAGGAAGAGGCCUGCAGCUUCUGAGGCUUACCCUGUCAAGGAGGAGAAGAGACCCGAGCCUGAACCUGAGCCGAUGGACUUAUCUGAGGAGGAGAGGGAGAAAAAGGAUAAAAAGGCACAGGCCCAGAAGGAGAAGGAAGCCGGGAAUGCUGCAUACAAGAAGAAGGACUUUGAGACUGCAAUUCAGCAUUAUACAAAGGCCAUUGAGCUCGACGAUGAGGAUAUUUCUUUCCUCACUAAUCGUGCUGCUGUGUACUUGGAGAUGGGAAAGUAUGAAGAUUGCAUUAAAGAUUGUGACAAAGCUGUUGAAAGAGGAAGAGAGCUGCGGUCUGACUAUAAGAUGGUCGCUAGAGCUCUAACAAGAAAGGGAACUGCCUUAGUGAAGGUGGCAAAAUGUUCGAAGGACUAUGAACCUGCCAUUGAGACUUUUCAUAAAGCGCUCACAGAGCAUCGCAACCCCGAUACAUUGAAGAAGCUCAAUGAUGCUGAGAAAGCAAAAAAAGAACUAGAACAACAAGAGUAUUUUGAUCCCAAGAUAGCUGAUGAGGAGCGCGAGAAAGGCAACCAGUAUUUCAAAGAGCAAAAUUAUCCGGAGGCUGUGAAGCAUUACACAGAAUCACUAAGGAGGAAUCCAAAAGAUCCGAAGGCUUAUAGCAACAGGGCUGCUUGUUACACAAAGCUUGGGGCUCUGCCUGAGGGGCUGAAAGAUGCAGAAAAAUGCAUUGAACUUGAUCCAACAUUUGCUAAGGGUUAUACUAGAAAAGGGGCAGUUCAGUUUUUUAUGAAAGAGUAUGAAAAGGCUUUGGAGACGUACCAGGAAGGACUAAAGCAUGAUCCCCGGAACCCAGAAUUGCUGGAUGGUGUUAGAAGAUGUGUUGAGCAGAUAAAUAAGGCUACCCGUGGAGACUUGAGCCCCGAGGAACUGAAAGAGAGACAGGCCAAGGCAAUGCAGGACCCGGAGAUUCAGAACAUUCUGAAGGAUCCAGUGAUGCAACAGGUCUUAGUCGAUCUCCAAGAAAAUCCCAAGGCUGCGCAGGAUCACGCGAAGAAUCCUCUUGUUAUGAACAAGAUACAGAAACUGGCGAGAUGCUAUUUGGCUCGGCUCAAAGCAAAGCCUGAGGCAAGAACAGAGCGCCAAGGAGAGAUGCUAUUUGGCUCGGCUCAAAGCAAGGGCCAAGGCGCCCUGUUCUUGGCACGGGCUUUGAGCCGGGCCAAGAAGAAUAAUUCAAUUCGUGGACUCAUUCCUUUCACAUAUAUUGAAGCUAAAUACCAAUAG